UCCAGGCUUUGACGGAGUUUUCUGAGACACCACAUUCAAGUAAUUACAGCUGGGAACAUUUUUGAAACUUAAAAAGAGCUUCUCUGGUUGAACGAGUAGAUGAGCCAGAUGGGCGGUCUACACGGGGAACGAAUUUACAUUUAUUAAAAUAGAGAAGAAUAAAAUCAACAACAAGAAGUAAACAUCGAUUUACUACAAGAAAAAAUAAUACAAACAAAACAAGACCUUAAUCAAUCAAUCGUUCAGAAUAACGUGAACUUGAAAUAACAACAGUGCUCCGAGUAUUAUCGAAGGAAAUGCGCGCUGCUGUGAGACAGCCGGUCGCGUGAACCUCCUCACUACACCAUUUCGGAGUCACUGUCAGUCAUACACUUGGCUCCCUCUACCACUAACAAUGAGAUAUCACACGUGCGAUCUAGGCGCGUUUGUUUUAAACCGAUCUUAGGAAUUUUGAGGACUAAAACCCGACGCUGAACACCGACUGCAAUAAAUACCAAUCUACGCAAUCUAAUUUAAAUCAAAGCAUCAGUACCAAUGCACCGUCAAAUUACCGAUUUACAGCACGUGUGAUAACAUAUUUUAAUAAAAUUAGCAUAAAUAUAAAGACUAUCGUGGUGAUAUUUAUCUGAGGGAGGAAUUUUAUUUGAACUCUCUUUUAAUUUUAUCAUGCUGCAACUGGAGAGAGUUUUAGCUGCACGAGAUUUUAAAAAGCACAGAAACAUCUCGAGGAAUCCGCUGUGUUUUUAGUCAGUCUGUUUCAGCACCAAGGACAGGUACAACUCUCCACAGCAGUUUCAAGACUUAACUUCCCCAAUUGACGGACUUACGGAAACUGAAUUUCCACGGUAUUUUUGGCAUGAAGCAAUAACGUUUACAGCAUACAGAAUUGAAGAAAACGGUCUACUUUAUCCUGUUGGAGCAAAGGUCUGGACUUGGAAUAAUUUCAUCACAGUAAUAUCCGCAACAAACAGGGAUCGAGAUCAAAUACAAAAAAAAGAUGUCCCUGACACCAGCGAGAGACCUCGCAAUGACAGAAAUAGUAGGCCUCUAAAACCUGGCAGUGCUGCACCUUGAACAUCCCGAGAAAGAAGCGCCACCAACUUGCCCAUCCACAUGGCCGCUGUGAGGUUUGGCUUCCAAGCAGAGGAGGCUCCCUGCCGGAACCUACACUUAUUCCUGCUGCUGCUCGCCCUCACGCUCGUCCCCGAGGCCUUGCCCACCACCAGCUACAACACGGCCCCCAAGCGUGAGAUCACGGUGGAGGGGGACGUGGUGAUAGGGGGUCUCUUCCCCGUGCACCACAAGGGCGAGGGCAUGGAGGACUGCGGCGCCAUCAACGAGCAGCGCGGGAUCCAGAGGCUGGAAGCCAUGCUGCUGGCGCUUGACAAGAUCAACCAGGACAGCCACAUCCUUCCAGGCCUGAAGUUGGGUGCUCACAUCCUGGACACCUGCUCAAAGGACACCUACGCCCUGGAACAGUCCCUGGAGUUCGUCCGCGCAUCCCUGACCAAAGUGGACGAGACUGAGUACAUCUGCCCUGACGGAUCAUACGCCAUGCAUGACGACUUACCGCUGGCCAUCUCGGGCGUCAUUGGUGGGUCCUACAGCGAUGUCUCCAUCCAGGUGGCCAAUCUGCUCAGACUCUUUCAGAUCCCUCAGAUCAGCUAUGCCUCCACUAGCGCCAAGCUCAGUGACAAGACACGCUACGACUACUUUGCCCGCACCGUGCCACCAGACUUCUACCAGGCCAAGGCCAUGGCAGAGAUCCUACGCUACUUCAACUGGACGUACGUGUCCACGGUUGCCUCAGAGGGGGACUAUGGAGAGACUGGCAUUGACGCGUUCCAGCAGGAGGCCCGGGCUCGUAAAAUCUGCAUCGCCACGUCCGCCAAGGUCAGCCGCUCCAUGAACAGACAGAGCUACGAGGGCGUGAUACGCUCCCUGCUGCAGAAGUCCAACGCUCGGGUGGUCAUCCUCUUCACCCGCAGUGAGGACGCUCGCGAGCUGCUGGUAUCGGCCACCCUCAUGAACGUCUCCUUCAUCUGGGUGGCCAGCGAUGGCUGGGGGGCGCAGGAGAGCGUGGUGAGGGGCAGCGAGCUGGUGGCCGACGGGGCCUUCACCAUCGAGCUGGCCUCCUACCCAAUCCCAGAGUUCACUGACUAUUUCACCAAGUUGAACCCAUAUAACAACACCCGCAACCCCUGGUUCCAGGAAUUCUGGGAACACCGCUUCCAGUGUAGCCUGCAUGACCUGAGCUGCGGCAGACACUCUCUCCGGGAUGGCGUUUUCGAGCAGGAGUCCAAGAUCAUGUUUGUGGUGAAUGCUGUGUACGCCAUGGCUCACGCCCUGCACAACAUGAGGCAGGCCAUGUGCCCCAACUCCACCAAACUAUGUGAUGCCAUGAAGCCAGGCAAUGGGAAGAAGCUCUACAGGGACUUUGUCUUGAAGUCCAAGUUUGAUGCCCCAUUCCGUCCAGCGGACACUGAAAACACUGUCCAUUUUGAUUCUUUCGGAGAUAGCUUGGGCCGCUACAACAUCUUCCACUAUCACAAAGAGGAUGGCAGGUUCCUCUACAGGAAAGUGGGGUACUGGGCACAGAGCCUGACCCUCAACACCUCCCUCAUCCCCUGGGACGGCCAGGUGGCACCCACGUCUCAGUGCAGUGACCCCUGCAAGAAGAACGAAAUAAAGAGCAUGCAGCCUGGGGACGUUUGCUGCUGGAUCUGCAUCCCCUGCCAGCCUUACCAGUACCUGCUGGACCAGUUCACCUGCAUGGACUGCGGCUUUGGCCAGUGGCCCCUGGAGAACCUGAGUGGCUGUUAUGACCUGCCGGAGGAGUACAUCCGAUGGGAAGACGCCUGGGCCAUCGGCCCUGUCACCAUCUCCUGCCUGGGCAUGCUCUGUACCCUCUUUGUCAUUGGCCUGUUCUUUAAGAACAACGACACGCCGGUGGUGAAGGCCAGCGGGCGGGAGCUGUCUUACAUCCUGCUGCUGGGCGUCCUGUUGUGCUACAGCAUGACCUUCAUCUACAUCGCCAAGCCGUCGGCUGCCGUCUGCACCCUGCGCCGGCUGGGCCUGGGGACCUCCUUCGCCGUCUGCUACUCGGCCCUGCUGACCAAGACCAACCGCAUCGCCCGCAUCUUCAACGGCGUGAAGGAUGGCGCCCAGCGGCCGCGCUUCAUCAGCCCCACCUCGCAGGUGGUCAUCUGCCUGGCGCUCAUCUCCUGCCAGCUGGUGGUGGUGGUGGUGUGGCUGCUGGUGGAGGCGCCGGGCGUGCGCAAGGAGAUCAGCCCCGAGAGGAGAGACGUGGUCACCCUCAAGUGCAACAGCAAGGACUCCAGCAUGCUGGUGUCCCUCACCUACAACUGCGUCCUCAUCGUCCUCUGCACCGUCUACGCCUUCAAGACCAGGAAGUGCCCAGAGAACUUCAACGAGGCCAAGUUCAUCGGCUUCACCAUGUACACCACCUGCAUCAUCUGGCUGGCCUUCCAGCCCAUAUUCUACGUCACGGCCAGUGACUACAGGGUGCAGACAACCACCAUGUGUAUCUCUGUCAGUUUGAGUGGCUCGGUGGUGCUAGGCUGCCUCUUUGCGCCCAAGGUCCACAUCAUUCUGUUCCAGCCCCAGAAGAACGUGACCACGCUCAGGGUCGCCACCACCCGCUUCAGUGUGACCACUGGCCCUGGGUCCAGCUUCUCACAGGCUACAGGACAAACAGUUAUCAGCACUCCAGGGUAAGUUUCCAUUUCCAUUCCAAGGGAAACACUGCUGUCUGUAUUUUUCACAAGCUUAUCAAAUGCACUCAUUCUCAGGCACUCAUACUUACAUUUCACAAAGCGCAUAUGUAAUACAUAUGCACUGUUGCAGGUCAACUACCUUCACUCAAAGCUACCAGCAGUAGUGUUACAGCAAGACUAAAGAGUUGAAACAUUCAACUUUCUAGUCGCAACUAAAGUCAAGUCAAAUAUAUUUGUUAGACCUGGUCCUGGCAUCAAUUUUCAUCACACACAGUUCAUGAUAGGAAGUCUUAAAAUGGCAGAUAAUUAUUUUGUCUUUGUGUAUCUUUGCAAUUUCUACUACACCCUGUUUUAAUACUCCAGAAUUAGAUUACACAGAAUCUGUUUUCAAUCUGGGUGAUUCAUCCCCCCACCCCCCACCCCAACCAGUAUUCUGCUCCUAGAGGUCAGUGCCAGUGAGAAUCACUUCCAGUUCCUGCCUGCGAGUAACAUGCCCUUGUGGAGCGUUAUCUUCUUAGACAAGGCUUACUGAACCCCGCAGACAUCAGAUUGCUGUCAGGCAGCAAAAGCAAC